AUGGAAGAAAAAGACAUCAUCAUAGUUUGUUGUGGUUCAUAUAAUCCAAUUCACUACAUUCACUUAUUGUUAUUUGAACUAACAAAAAACUAUUUCAAAGAACAUGGAAGAAAUGUUGUGAAAGGAAUUAUUUCUCCUGCUAAUGACUUAUAUUGGAAAAAAGGACUUCUUUCAUCAAAACAUCGUGUUGCAAUGUGUCAAGAAGCAGUAAAAACAUCUGAUUGGAUCAUUGUUGAUGAUUGGGAGAGCAAACAAAAAGAAUAUGUACGAACAUAUAAUGUAUUAAAACAUGAAAGAGAGGUGUAUGGGAAUGAAUAUGACAUUUAUUUUAUUGGAGCAGAUGAUUUAAUUCCAAACAUGAUGAAUAAAAAUUGUUGGGACCAAGUCUUACUAGAAAAAAUCGUUAAUGAGUUUGGUAUUGUUUUCUUUAAACGAACCAACCCUAAUUGUUCUGAACAAAUCAAAAGCUAUCCAUUAUUUGCUCGUCACUUAAAUCAUAUUUUUAUAAUAGAUUCAUUUCAAUCACAACACAGUUCAACAUUAGUUCGUCAAUUAGUAAAAUCAAGAAUGAGUAUUAAAUAUUUAGUACCUGACGAAGUUAUUUAUUAUAUCACACAACAUCAACUUUAUCUUGAAUAA